AUGAAGCCGCAACAGGCGGUUCGGCGAUGGAGUGGUGCCCUGCAUUAUGCGUCGGCGGAUGUGCGGUGCGACAAGGAGGUGUUGCUGAAGGCCGUGGCUGUACUCUGGCAUCCUGGAAUUCUAGCUGCGGCUUACCCUGAUCUCCAAGACAGAGGCUCCAUGCUCUACUUAGUGGAGAAGACCCGCUGCUGGUGGCUGCCCCACUUCAUGAAGAACCGGGAGCUUGCAAAGGACAAAGAGUUCAUGGCAGAGUGCAAGGCCUCGGCUGGCUGCGGCCUGGUGUUUACGUACUACCAGAGCUUCGACUGCUUCAAUGAUAUUCGAAAGAAGUUCCCGACCGCGGGCGCCUCCGUGCCGGGAGGCACGGCGACUGUGUGGUUUGGCGAUGAACCCGUCUUCGGACACUCUGCAGCUGACGGUUGGUGCUGCCACUGGCUCCGGGAGGUGCGCCGGCACCAUGAGCUGGGCGAGGUGAUCUGCUGUGCCGUUUCGAACAUCUUCGAUGCUGAUUGGGUGGAGAAGUAUAAAGCUGGGUCCUCGGAGCUCUCUGACAAGGAUGCCGAAAAGCAUGGGGAAGCCUUUCGAAAUGGUCGUCCCGUGGGCUGGGGCGAAGGUGAGAUUGUCAUUGAAGGAAGCUCUGGCGGUGCUAAAAAAUUCGACCGCGCUGCGCCGGUGCACCCUCGGACGCAACUGCCGCUGGGGGUGGGGUGCCGCUGGGAGCGCCAGGCCCUGGACGGCAUGGAGUUCCCCGUCUAUGCCUUUUUCAUGCCCUGA